GGUCUCCAUAAGGUUUUGUUACAUCCUGCAAACGCGCCAGUAACAAGCCAAUAUAACGUUUAUAAUAGGAAGAGGGUCCCAGGCGCAGCAUACCCAAUGAGCCGGUUGCUAUGCAUAUUGACAUCAAACCCAGGCAAAAGGAUCUCCUCUACGUCUUUUUAAGCAAUUUACGUUACACCCAGAAUCCUCAUCGCCCAAUUUAUGCAUCUCCUCAGGCACAUCUGUAUCAUGUGGUAGGUCGAAGGCUCAAACUCAAGCUUCACUCCCACCAGCUCCAAUCCUUCAACCAAACUCAUCUCCUGACGAAUCACACAGUUAGGUAGGGUAGCCAAUUCCUUACCUUCUUUUUCUGUUCCCUUUCUUUUCUCCCUUCUCCUUCACCUACAAGAAUUCCGGGGGAAAAGAAAAGAAAAUGAAUUUCUAUUACCUCGGCCUUGUUUUUGCUUUCAUAAUACCAAUAUAUGCGGAAAACAUAAUCUUCAACAGUCCCGCUCCUGGGACAAUAAUCUCUGUGGGGGUAUCUUUGGCUAUCAGUUGGACGAUUACUGUGGAUUCGGGAUAUCUGACGAUGGAAUCGGCUACUGGUAGGGGUGCCUCACCGAAGCUUAUUACUUGUAUGUAUAAACUCACUCCUCAUAGAAGUGUUGGGAGAUGCGAUUUAUUCUAGGUGAAGAGAACUGACACUUGUUGGUUUAGCGGGGCUCAAUGGGAAGUCAUUUACAUGGACGCCUACAGAAUCGGAUUUGUCUGGAUUUGAAGGGUCCGGGACUAUGUUGAGACUUUUGGACUGGAAGGACUCUGUGAGAGAGGGAACUUCGGGUACUUUAAAUGUUGAUGCUCCUCAGGUUUGUGGUAGUUUUUUAUUGCUCCCAGUGAAGUAAAGCACUUUUACUCUGGAUAGAUGGUGGGAUAGUUCAGAUUUCCUCACAUACUAACAGACCAAAACAGAAAGCCCCAGUAGCUUCACAGAUUCCAGUGGUUGUUCAAUCAUCUCAAGUACAAGUAAGUACCAUCCCUCUCCAAUUUCCAUCUAUGGAUGGACUACCAACUAAGAAAAAUAUCUACAUUAGAAUCCACCUCCUCCCAUAAUCUCAACAGUCUUAGCUCAUCAGCCAACACCUGUGAUCCUAAACACCAUCGUCACGACUCAAUUCGUUCCACCACCGUCGCCACCAUCAACUAACGACCCCUCAACCCUCACCCGCUCAACCAUCUCUUCCUUCCCAACCGACACACCACCCCCUCUCUCAAACAGCGACAUCAUCAGUACAAGCAUAAACAUAACCAACACCCAACCUCCAAACCCCCUCCCAACCACCUCUCCCCCACCAACAUUUCCCCCCACCUCCACACCCAUAAAAAUAGCCAUAGCCCUCNCCUCCAAACCCCCUCCCAACCACCUCUCCCCCACCAACAUUUCCCCCCACCUCCACACCCAUAAAAAUAGCCAUAGCCCUCCCCUCAACCUUCUCCAUCCUCUUCCUCCUCCUAACAUUCUACCUCCACAAACGAGCCCAAAACCCCUCCUCUCCCUCCCCCUUCAAACCCCUCUCUUCCCCACAAAGAUUCCCCCUCGCCACAACAUGGAGAAAACCCGAACUGGACACUUCCGUCGAGAUUUUAGAGCUAGCCGCUGAGAAGGAGCGCCAGAUUGCGGAGCUGGAAGGUGGAUCUGGUUUAGGAAAAAGAAAUGGGAAGGAAAAGGGGAAGGGAGGGAAGAAGAGAGAGGUAGCUGAAUUGGGCGGUGUGUGGAUAGGUGUUGAGAUGGAGGAUACGAGUCUGCGGAUGUGUGUUGGUUCUGAUGGGAGGAGUCCAAAUACACCUACUCCGAAGGUAUCUACUAUCGAUACCAAUACUACCACAACCACACCCCGCGCCCCCAGCGACAACCCCACAACGACCCCACAAUGA